AUGGCAAGCAAUGCCCAAAGCAAGACACUGUUGGUAGCGGCUUUUGACUUCGGAACCACAUACAGCGGCUAUGCGUUCUCAUUCCGAUUCGACCCCAACACGAUUCAGACAAACCGGAUCUGGUACGCCAGUGGUAGGGCUUCAACUUUUUUGUCACUGAAAACACCGACAUCUGUCCUUCUGAAUCCUAAGGGAGAGUUUGACAAGUUUGGUUUCGAGGCUGAAGACAAGUACGCAGCCCUAGCUGAAGAUGAUGAGCACCACGGCUGGAGGCUUUUUCGGAGGUUUAAGAUGGUUCUGCAUAGUAAUGAGCACCUGACGAAAGACGUUACGGUAGAGGACUUUUGUGGAACACAGAUGACGGCCUUCCCGCUGUUUGUCAUGUCGAUCAAGUACCUGAAAGAACAUCUACUAAAGGAAGUUUCCAGGCAAAUAGAUAGAUUCAAGGAGACGGAAAUAUUAUACGUGUUGACCGUUCCGGCUAUCUGGGAUGACAAUGCCAAGAGAUUUAUGAGGGACGCGGCUAUAGCAGCUGGAGUAGACUCAAAACGCCUGAAGCUGGCCUUGGAACCGGAGUGUACAUCGAUCUGGUGUGAGACGCUGGGUAAGGACGUCAAAGGCUCUGUAGCGAUUAAAGGAUCACAGUUCAUGGUAGUCGAUCUUGGAGGCGGCACCGCGGAUAUAUCUGUUCAUCAGAGGAAACCAGAUGGAACUCUGAAGGAAAUCCACAAAGCCAGUGGGGGUCCAUGGGGAGGCAUCUAUGUUGAUGAAAAUUACAUGAAAAUGUUGAAUGGACUUUUUGGAGAAGAAGCUCUCAUUGACCUCCGAAAGUAUAAAACUAGUGAUUAUUUCGACGUCACUCGGGAAUUUGAACUUAAGAAACGGUCAUUUGACACUGACAAAACAAAACAUAUAAUUAUUCGUAUUUCUGCUUCGCUGUGGGAUUUUGCGGAAAAGUAUUCAGCCAAAUCUUUACAUGAACGAACUGCGUCCCUAAAUAUGCGGGAAAAUUCCAUCACCACGAGAGGCAAAGACAAGCUGAAGAUUGAUGCAGCCGUUGUCCGACCAUGGUUUGAAAGACCAAUCGAUCUGCUGAUCCAGCAUCUAAAGUCCCUUUUAGCUGAACCAAAGAUGAAAAAAGUGCGAACUGUUAUUCUGGUGGGCGGUUUCGGUGAAAGCCCGUACGUUCAGAAGAAAAUGAGGAAUGAAAUACCCGCAGUAAGGCUCAUAGUUCCUGGAGACGCGGGUCUCGCUGUGGUGAAAGGCGCAGUGAGGUUUGGAAACAAUGCCACCAUUGUCCCCUAUAGGAUAAUGAAAUACACGUAUGGGACACGAAUGUUUGAUAUUUUUGAUGGAAAGAAACAUCCAAAUGAGAAGCAGGUUUGGCUGGAUGAAAAGUGGUUGGUGGAUAAUUGUUUCAAUGUGUUCGUGCGGGUGAACGAGGAGGUGGGCAUGGGUCAACAGGUGACCAGGGAGAGUACUCCUGCUCUUAAAAUAUCCAAAACACAAGUCUACAGAACGACACAGGAUAACCCGAAGUACACAACCGACGCCGGAUGUGAACUGCUAGGGACAGUUCAGCUCGAAAGCAGCACCGAUAUUCCAUUGCAGCAGCAGGUUAUUGAAACUACGUUUAUGUUCGGGAAUACAGAACUCCUCGUCAAAAUUAAGAACACGACCACUGAAAAAGAAGCUUACAUGACCUUUGAGUGCUUCAAAUGA